GCUCCGGGCCCGGUCGGCGGGGCAGCCCGCGCGGCGAUGGCCUCCGGCCGCGCGCCCUGCCGGCGCGGCGCCGAGGAGCGACCCCUCUUCGCGGCCUGCCUGGCGCUCUGCGCGUUUGCAGCCUCCGCCGGCCAGGUCUGCGUCGACGUACCUUGGGUAGACAGCUCUGGCAGAUCUUGUUCUACCUACGAGCUGGGCUACGGAUCUGGACCUCUUUGCAACAAGUCUGGAAGUUAUGGGUACGGAUGGGAUGACAAGUUCUGGGGCACAUUUGCGGAUUGGGCAACCGAUGAGCACGACGCUUCCACAGCAUGUUGCGCUUGUGGCGGGGGCUUGUCAACGCAGGCCUCUACUGCGGCUUCCACCGCCAGCCGCCAGAUGAAGUCGACGAUUAAUCUGACCGUCGACCACGUGGACCGCCGGAUGGCGGUCGUGUGCGGCGCUGAAUAUUACGACAUAUGUGGUGGCAGUGGGUACACCUUGGGCUGUGGCUCAGGAUGUGAGAGCGGCGCACCUUAUACUGACGUGAACUGCACUUGCUGCUGCCAGGCGGGCAAUGCCACGUUGACCAGCAGCAGCAGCACUAGCACGUUCAGCACCACGACUGGGACCAGCACCAGUGCAACCAACAUCACGGAGAGCAGCAGUACGAUUCUGACGUCCACGAGUCAGACGAGUCCUGUCUCGGGUACCACGUCGUUUACCACCACGACGGGCACAAGCAGCGCAUCGCUGAGCAGCACGACGGAGAAGCAGCAGUACGUCUGUGACGUUCACGAGUGCGACAAGUAGUGGCUCGAGUACCACGUCGUUGACCACCACGACAAGCACCAGCAGCUCGACGAUGAGCGGCACGACGGAGAGCAGCAGUACGACUCUGACGUCCACGAGUCAGACGAGUACUGUCUCGAGUAGCACGUCGUUGACCACCACGACGGGCACCAGC